GUCGGGACGCCCCGAGGCAUCCUCCCCGCCCGCCGGCCCGGGAGCGUGGGUUUCCGUCCGUCCGCCGUCCGCAUCCUUUCGCCGCCCGCGUAGCCGCACCUCCUCCUGGGCCUCGCCCCCCACCCCCGAAACAUGACUCGCGACUUCAAACCUGGGGACCUCAUCUUCGCCAAGAUGAAAGGUUACCCUCAUUGGCCAGCACGAGUAGAUGAAGUUCCUGAUGGAGCUGUAAAGCCACCCACAAACAAACUACCCAUUUUCUUUUUUGGAACUCAUGAGACUGCUUUUUUAGGACCAAAGGAUAUAUUUCCUUACUCAGAAAAUAAGGAAAAGUAUGGCAAACCAAAUAAACGAAAAGGUUUUAAUGAAGGCUUAUGGGAGAUAGAUAACAAUCCGAAAGUGAAAUUUUCAAGUCAACAGGGAUCAACUAAACAAUCAAAUGCAUCAUCUGAUAUUGAAGUUGAAGAAAAAGAAACUAGUGUUUCAAAGGAAGAUACUGACCAAGAAGAAAAAGCCAGCAAUGAGGAUGUGACUAAAGCAAUUGACAUAUCCACCCCGAAAGCGGCCAGAAGAGGGAGAAAGAGAAAGGCAGAAAAACAAGUAGAAACCGAGGAGGCAGGAGUAGUGACAACAGCAACAGCAUCUGUUAACCUAAAAGUGAGUCCUAAAAGAGGACGACCUGCAGCCACACAAGUCAAGAUCCCAAAACCAAGAGGUAGACCCAAGAUGGUGAAACAGCCCUGUCCUUCAGAGAGUGAAAUGGUUACUGAAGAAGACAAAAGUAAGAAGAGGGGGCAAGAGGAUAAGCCACUCAAAAAGCAGCUUAAAAAGGAUGAAGAGGGCCAGAAGGAAGAAGAUAAGCCAAGAAAAGAACCAGACAAAAAAGAAGGGAAGAAAGAAGUUGAAUCAAAAAGGAAAAAUUUAGCUAAAACAGGGGUUACAUCAACCUCUGAUCCUGAAGAAGAAGGAGAUGAUCAAGAAGGUGAAAAGAAGAGAAAAGGUGGAAGAAACUUUCAGGCUGCUCACAGAAGGAAUAUGCUGAAAGGCCAAAAUGAGAAAGAAGCAGCAGAUCGAAAACGCAAGCAAGAGGAACAAAUGGAAACUGAGCAGCAGAAUAAAGAUGAAGGAAAGAAGCCAGAAGUUAAGAAAGUGGAGAAGAAGCGAGAAACAUCAAUGGAUUCUCGACUUCAAAGGAUACAUGCUGAAAUUAAAAAUUCUCUCAAAACUGAUAAUCUUGAUGUGAACAGAUGCAUUGAGGCCUUGGAUGAACUUGCUUCACUUCAGGUCACAAUGCAGCAAGCUCAGAAACACACAGAGAUGAUUACAACACUGAAAAAGAUACGGCGGUUCAAGCUUAGUCAAGUUAGUCAAGUUAUCAUGGAAAAGUCUACAAUGUUGUAUAACAAGUUUAAGAACAUGUUUUUGGUUGGUGAAGGAGAUUCCGUGAUCAAACAAGUGCUGAAUAAAUCUUUUGCUGAACAAAGACAGCAUGAGGAAGCGAAUAAAACCAAAGAUCAAGGGAAGAAAGGGCCAAACAAAAAGCUAGAAAAGGAACAAACAGGUUCAAAGACUCUAAAUGGAGGAUCUGAUGCCCAAGACAGUAGUAAUCAGCCACAACAUAAUGGAGAUAGCAAUGAAGAAAGCAAGGACAACCACGAGGCCAGCACUAAGAAAAAGCCAUCCAGUGAAGAGAGAGAGAAUGAAAUCUCUUUGAAGGAUUGUACUUUAGACAACUAGUGUUGACAUACCUGGAAUAUAAAGAACAUUUGAGAAGUUUGUAAUGGUUUCCAUUUGAAAUAUUUAGACUGCUGAAAGUUUUAAAUUUUUAUAAGCAUAGGUUUUGAUGUUUAAAACUUUUGAAAGAGAAAAUCCCUUCAUCUUUGUUUAAAGUAAUUAAACAUUAUUGCUAAUUGUACUUGUGCAGUAUUAACAGCUACAUUAUACAAUAAAUGUGGGUGGGAAUCCCAUUUGGAAAAUGUUAAACUGCUUUUCCAGACAUGGUUGUAGCACAUUUUCAAGUAGUGUGUAUGUUAAUGUGUAAUUGGUAGUAGAACCAAGUUACAUUUUAAAAACUGCUAUUUGUAUAAACCUUUCCUCUUUUCCCAAGUACCGUGGGUUUUGUGCAUAGUUUUUACAAAUCUUGGAUUUACCAGACUGUCUUUUCACUGUUUGUGGGUUUUGUAGAAGUUAAGCAUUUUUAUGGUAGAUAAAAUGUUACUUCUAUACAAGUACUCACUCCCUUCUUUUAUCAAAAAUUCAUUUUAUUCUCAGUCUACACUGUGCUACAUUAUCCUGCUUCUUUGUAACAAUGUGUGGUCUGUAUGCCUUUUUGUAUGACAACUAGAUAACUAACUGACGUUUAAAGAGGUACAACAUUCAUGUUAACUUUUGAAGAUAAUUCAGCUUUGUGGCAGUUUAGUUUUGGUAGUUUAAUUCAGUGGAAUCAUGUGACUUUCCUGUAGAGAACAGACUGUGUAUAAUAUAGGAAUGAAUAUGGCUUUUGGGUUCAACCAUCUAAGAUCCUUUACAGGCACUAAUAACUAAAACUGAAAAGUAAAUUUAUUUUUGAGAGAAGUCUCAAGUUUCUAAGUUUUUUUUUUAAAAGUCACACUUAUUAAGGAAAUCAUUUAGUAUUUUUUUAAUUGGAAAAAAAUCCAUCCAUGAUGCUUAUGCAGUAAAUAUAAGUAAAUACUAUAUAAGGAAACUAACAUAUUUGAAAACAUGGCUAUUUUAGAAAGGAAUUUUAUUUUACAUGUCUAUAUCAUACAUGUAACAGGACUGCACAAAGUAGGAACAUAGUUGCUUGAAGGUAGUACUUUGACAGUCUGUAUAUUGAUGUAUAUGGACAAAAUCAGGGUGAACCAAUGUUAACACAAAAUUUAAGGGUAUAUUAACAGUAAGAGAGCAUAUCUAAGUAAGAUAUUUUGAAUAUUAGGUCAGUCGGUUUUCAGUAGGUAGGAUACUUCCCAUGUUUUGAAACUAUAUGAAUAUGGGAAAAUGACAUUGCCAGUGUGUUUAUGUGUGACAUACACUGUAUGUUUUGACAAGUUGAAUUAUUUCAAUAACUGGACUUUUUUGCUUUUCAGAGGUCUUAAAAUGGAACUAGGACCCACUAUUUUAAGGGAACUCUGUUAUUACAUAUUAUAUAUACCAGUCAUUAUCUGUUUGGUUCUUAAUACAGUUUUAACUUGGACACAUUUAUCCUAGUUAAGCUACAAGUGUCAAAGUGUAAACUUGUUUUGAUUAAAGACAUUUUCUAUCAAACUCUA